UCACAGAGCGACGCGACUGUGAGACGGCUCAAUCAGGCACUGUCCACCCUCCACAAGAAGUCCGAUGAGAUUCAAGCGUUGCAAGCUGCAUUGGCACUUGAGCGCGAGAAAACUUCAAAGCUCGAAGCCGAGGUAAAGGUAGCCUGGCAAUCCCCAAGCACGACUACUCAGGAAGGAAUCGCAUCAAGCGCUCAACCCCAACAAACAGCAAGUGCCCGAGAACGCGCUUUGUGGGACGUUCAUCGCGAAGCCAUGGAACUGCAACGGACUAAAUGGGAAGCCGAUCAUACCGAAUGGGUACGUGACAAGGAACUUUGGGAAACCGAGCGCGAAAAGUGGUCUGCGGAGCGCACCUCUAUGAUCGAGGCGCACGAGGCACUUGUUGCGGACGUGACGAGAUCAAAGUCCUCUUUGGAUGCCCUGACUCGCUCCAAGAGUCUAGCUGAAAAGGACCGCGACUUCUUCCGUGAUCAAUAUACGCAGGCUUCUGGUUUCGUGAGUGCCACUAGAGCAGAGAAUGUUGAGCUGGAGCAGAAGGCCAAGACUGCAGAAGGUCAAGCACGCGAUGGAGUCGCUCUGAUCAAGCACAUGUUUGAGAGUCAGAUAAAGGCGUUGAAAGAAGAUGUCGAUCGAUGGAGGGGUGUUUCUACUCUUCUUCAGGAGAAAGAUCGGCGAACAGAUGAUCUUAUCAGACGGCGUGCUGCCGAACACCCUGAGCUUGCAGAACGAUGCCGGCAACUGGAGCGCCAGGUUAACUUGUUGCGUGCUGACCUCAUCGAGCUUGGACGUGUUCAUCAGAAGUCUUCUGCGGAGCGCGACAAGAUGCAAGAUCUGAAACUCUCCGAACUGCAAGAACACAAUCAGAUGCCCGAUUUCCAUUUGGUGAAACUAUCGUAUACCGAGCUUGAACCAGGUGAAAUUAUAGAGCUAAACGGUCUGUCGGGUCCAGACACCAGCUUCUUGGGCCAGGCGGACGCUUUAGAAGUUGACGUUAGCCCGGAGGAAGCCGAGGAAGAAGAGUGUGGGCUGUAUCCCUGCAAAUGGAAAACUGGGCCCGACGUAAUCGACCAAUGCCAGCAGUCCUUUGACUGUAGAGAGGUAGGUUCAGCUCUUCGACUCAAUCAAGUAGGUGCUCAACGCCAAUAUAGGAUUUGGAUAGGCACAUGCAUGAUCAGCAUUAUCGCCGUCAACUGGGAGCGUUUGAGUAAUGUAUCGGAUCUUAUUUCUUACUGUAAGGGGUAUCUGCAUCCUGAUCUUUACGAAAGAUCGCAACACAUGAUAGUUUUUGGGGUUCGUGCAAAUCACGAUGAUACUUCGCGUGACUUCUCAUUGCGCCCAAGGAGCGGAUCUACAUAG